CCGGGGCUGCUCGCCCGCCGCUCCUUCUCUGCCCACCUACUGUGAGGGGCAGCUCCUCCCACCUGCGCAUAAAAGCCAAGUGCAUGUUACCAGCAGCGGAUCAGAGCACUUUCCCGGUCCUCUCCUGUGGGAUCCCCCGGCCUCUCUUCUGGAUCUUACGUGCUCAAGGUUUUCUGGACUUGGAGAAAUAACACUUAAGGAAGAGGGUGGAGAGGAAGGAAAGUCUAUGCCCGGCAAGGCUUAAAAUCUUUGAUCUUAUGAUUGGACUGUUCAUGACCACACAAAGAAGCUGUUCCGGAAGUGGAGUAGCGUCGGGUGAAGAGACAGAAACCAGCCCCAGACGUGCCACAGGAAGGCACAAGCAAGGACGGUAGUCCUCGAUUCCGCAGGCGGGCCGAGUCUAUAUGUGAUGGCUGGUCCACCUGCCCUUCUGCAGCUGCUGGGAGUACUGCUUACCAUUUCCCUGGGUUCCGUCCGGCUCAUCCAAGCUGGUGCCUACUAUGGCAUCAAGCCGCUGCCACCUCAAAUUCCUCCUCAGAUUCCACCGCAAAUUCCGCAAUACCAGCCCCUGGGCCAGCAAGUACCUCACAUGCCUUUGGGUAAAAAUGGCCUUAACAUGGGCAAGGAGCUGCCCCACAUGCAGUAUGGCAAAGAGUAUCCACAUCUACCCCAAUAUAUGAAGGAAAUUCAGCCGGCACCAAGAAUGGGCAAGGAAGCAGCACCCAAGAAAGGCAAAGAAAUACCAUUAGCCAGUUUAAGGGGGGAGCAAGGUCCCCGUGGAGAGCCUGGCCCAAGAGGACCACCUGGGCCCCCUGGCUUACCAGGUCAAGGGAUACCUGGAAUCAAAGGAAAACCAGGGCCACAGGGAUAUCCAGGAAUUGGAAAGCCAGGUAUGCCUGGAAUGCCAGGAAAGCCAGGAGCCAUGGGAAUGCCCGGGGCCAAAGGUGAAAUUGGACCCAAAGGGGAGAUCGGACCCAUGGGGAUCCCAGGACCGCAAGGACCUCCAGGGCCUCACGGACUUCCUGGCAUUGGGAAGCCAGGUGGGCCAGGGUUACCAGGGCAACCAGGUGCCAAAGGUGAGCGAGGACCCAAAGGACUACCAGGACCUCCAGGCCUUCAGGGUCCUAAAGGAGAGAAGGGCUUCGGGAUGCCAGGUCUGCCAGGCCUGAAGGGUCCUCCAGGGAUGCAUGGCCCUCCCGGCCCUGUCGGACUUCCAGGAGUGGGCAAACCAGGAGUGACAGGCUUCCCUGGGCCCCAGGGCCCCCUGGGAAAGCCAGGCCCUCCAGGCGAACCUGGGCCACAAGGCCCUAUAGGGGUCCCGGGGUUUCAAGGACCUCCUGGGAUGCCUGGAAUUGGAAAACCAGGCCAGGAUGGGAUCCCUGGGCAGCCAGGAUUUCCAGGUGGCAAAGGGGAACAAGGACUGCCAGGACUGCCAGGACCCCCAGGCCCUCCAGGGAUCGGGAAACCCGGCUUCCCAGGCCCCAAAGGCGACAGGGGCAUAGCGGGUCUUCCUGGGGCUCUGGGACCAAGAGGGGAGAGAGGACCAGCAGGUGCCCCUGGAUUGGGGGGCCCACCAGGAGAGCCAGGCCUGCCUGGAAUCCCAGGUCCCAUGGGCCCUCCAGGGGCUAUCGGUUUCCCUGGACCCAAAGGAGAAGGUGGGGCUGUGGGACCACAGGGGCCAAUAGGUCCCAAGGGUGAGCCAGGGCUUCAAGGCUUCCCAGGAAAGCCAGGUUUCCUUGGUGAAGCUGGGCCCCCCGGCAUGAGGGGUUUGCCAGGUCCCAUAGGGCCCAAGGGGGAAGCUGGGUAUAAAGGUUUGCCAGGGCUCCCUGGUGCCCCAGGGCUGCUUGGACAGAAGGGAGAGCCAGGAAUCCCAGGGGAACAGGGCUUACAGGGCCCCCCAGGUAUCCCAGGGAUUGCAGGCCCGAGUGGCCCCAUUGGACCUCCUGGAAUUCCUGGCCCCAAAGGGGAACCGGGUCUCCCAGGGCCCCCUGGGUUCCCUGGAGUAGGGAAGCCCGGAGUGGCAGGACUUCAUGGCGCCCCAGGGAAGCCUGGUGCCCUUGGUCCCCAAGGCCAGCCUGGCCUUCCAGGGCCCCCAGGCCCUCCAGGACCCCCAGGACUCCCAGCUGUGAUGCCCCCGACACCACCACCCCAUGGAGAGUAUCUACCCGAUAUGGGGCUGGGAAUUGACGGAGUGAAACCCCCCCACGCCUAUGGGGCUAAGAAAGGCAAGAACGGAGGGCCAGCCUACGAGAUGCCUGCAUUUACCGCUGAGCUGACUGCGCCUUUCCCACCUGUGGGGGCCCCAGUGAAGUUUGACAAACUGCUCUAUAACGGCAGACAGAACUACAACCCGCAGACGGGCAUCUUCACCUGUGAGGUCCCUGGGGUCUACUACUUUGCAUACCACGUUCACUGCAAGGGAGGCAACGUGUGGGUUGCUCUGUUCAAGAACAACGAGCCCAUGAUGUACACGUAUGACGAGUACAAGAAGGGCUUCCUGGACCAGGCGUCCGGGAGCGCGGUGCUGCUGCUCCGGCCCGGAGACCGGGUGUUCCUCCAGAUGCCCUCUGAACAGGCUGCGGGACUGUAUGCCGGGCAGUAUGUCCAUUCCUCUUUUUCAGGGUAUUUAUUGUAUCCCAUGUAAGAAAGAAAAAAAGAGAGAAAUUUAAUAGAAGAAAAGAAAAGGAUGCACCAAAAAAUCCAAAUGGGAAACAUAAUUGCUUCAAAACAUUUAUAUAGUUGGAAAGUUAUAUUUAAGUGAAAGUCUGAACCAUCAUGUACAAAUAAAAACUAAGAUGCAUGUUUAGUGCUCUGCACAGCAGCUUGUGAUUGAAAAUGAUGGGAUAGAUUUAUGUAUCAAGUACUGACACUUGUGUUGUACCCACUGGAAUCGUAUUAGCUGUUUAUGUUAUGUGCUUCCAUGAUAACCUGCUUAUUCAGAUCAAAGUAUUUCAGUAUGAAAGAGCAUAGCUAAUGAAAGUCACUCGCUCAUACUGUUUACUUUAAAAUAUUUAUAAAUAUGACUUAAAGAAAUGUCAAUGAUAACAAUUACAUACCGUAUUUACUUGCAUAAUUUCCUCUGUAUUUGUGCAGAUACUUUGCCAUGGGAUGUGGGAGAGCUCUGCAGUGCUUUUCCCCAGUGAGGCGUGGACAGAGAACCAGGGUAGAGCUUUACUCCAAGGGAUGUUUCUCCCCUGUCGGAGGCUGUGUCUUUCAUAACAAGAGUUCUACUCAGAAUUGUGUGUCUAGUGUCCCUAGAAGAACAACUGUAGUGUAUUUACUCGUGCCUUCUGUGUGCCUAGCACUGGAUGAGACACUUCUGUGGGGCCUAAGACAGUGCCCCGUAGGGAGCUAACAAACCAGCUGGGAGACAUGAGUAGGAAGUAACUCAUUUAUUCCUCACGGGUUCUUUUUGCUUGUUAUUUUUUUUUCCUGUGAUUUUUUUUUCUUUCUUGUUGUCUCCAUGUAAUUUCCAUUAUGACCCAACUAAUAUAAAUACUUGGAAGUCAUAAGAAAAAAAGUAACCCUCUCCCCUCAUAACUUUCCAGUUUUGCGGAAUGUUCAUUAUAAAUAGCAGUUAUUAAUUGUGUUUACAUGCGUAUAAUAAUCCCCCUCCUUUGCCUACAAACACAAAUGACUACAAUGAGGUUUCACCCACAAAGGGGAUAUCAGUACUUUUUAGUAGCUACUGAAUUUCAAAGAAAUUUCCCUGUGUAGUACACAUACAAAUCGGUGUGUCAUCUGAAGUUCCAAAGUGAAUUUCCUAAAUCCAAGCCGUCCUUUGAUCGGGGAAAGAGGGGGGAGUUUCAGAAUUACAUAGGAAAAUAAAUUGUUUUGAAAAAAUAAUUUCUGAAGUUUUAAAUUAAAAAAUAGAUGUAUUACUUCCUGCUGUAGGUACUAAAAAUGCAGGAAGCAACCUGUGGAAGAGCCACCUGGAAUGUCAGAGGGCAAUGACAGCCCAUGCUUUUUAUGUCACCCCACAAGUACAGGAGUCAAUACAAAUUUAAAGAGAAAAGUAAAUUUUUUUCCAGGUUUUCAUUUAGGUACAUACUAAUUGCUUUGCACAUUCAAAUCUGGUCUCGAAACACAGACAAAGCAUUUCAAGUUGGCUAUGAGUCUGCUGCUGACACUAUAAGCCACUGGGGGGAAUAAUGUGGGGCUAUGGUGGUGGAGUCUUGUAUCUACUCCUCAAAGUUAAGAGUGUUGAAAUGAGGGGAUAGGUACAGAUGGGAAGAUACACAAAUAAAUACGGUAUAAACACACAUGGAAUCGUGUCUAUGUCAAAUCUGAAUCAUUUUAACCAUCAAGAAUAUUCUCCUCAGCCUAAUAUCUGUCUUUUCCCUAUAUGGUAUACAAGCACCAUUUCUUCUCAAUUUCUUAAAAAGAGAAAUGAGUUCAUUACCACGUGGUUUCUUACUCACAGCUAAUUAUAUGACAAACUUUUCCCAUCAAAAACAUAUCCCACCCAACCUUCAUUUUCAAAGCAGACAGCAUUUAUGUGGCCAAAUAUCCUUUGGGUUGGUCUUGAGGAUGCUGGUUUUGGGCCGAUGGCUAUGACAGCCACAUGGAUCCACUGGGCUCUGUCUGCUGAAAAGCUGCAUUGAAAUGGCUUGGAGGCAAGUCAGAUCAGCUGAUUUAUAAAACUGUAUUUAUCUGUACAUGUAUGGGCUUUUUAUUUCCACCAAGAGAGAAAGUAGCUCUUUAGUCAAAACCAAAUUUCACUUUUCAAAUACCUUCCAACUUAUUUAUUGGUUGUUACUCAAUUGCAUGUGUGUGUGCGUGUGUGUGCGCGUGCAUGCGUGCAUGUGUGUAUUAUCAGGCAUAUGCUUCUAACUUUUAGACAGGGGAGGAGAAAAAUCUAUGCCAGAUACUGUAUAUUCUACAAUGGUGCUAAUCUCAGAGCUAAAUGAAUUACUCCAUUUAAUUUAAAAAGAGUUUUAAAUAAUUAUCUAUGUAUCUUUGUUUCCCUUUUGAAUGUUGCACAUCAUGUUAACACAUUUAGUGUAAAAGCAGAUGAAACAACCACAUGUUCUAAAGUCUAGGGAUAGUGCUACAAUCCCUAUUUAAUUCAAAAUUAACUAGAACUUUUCCAUGUGAAAUGGACCAAACUGACAAUAUUGUUAUUUAAAUACAGAGUUUUAAUGCAGGAUGACAUCCCACAGGGGAAAAGAAUGUCUGUAGUGGGUGACUGUUCUCAAAUAUUUUACAGAAUACUGGUAACUUUGAGUUUCCAUGAUAGAUUUGAGACAUGUCAAUAGCAAAUCAUUUUUGUAUUUAAAUUUUUGUACUGAUUUGAAAAAAAAAGUCUUAUUAAAUACCUUUAAAAGUA